CGAUAAGCUGAUUCUUAACUUCAUAGUUCAAGGAAUGCACCCCCUCCACACUGUGAACAGACCUGAAUAUAGACAAUUAUUUAGUGAAAUUCUGCCCUCAAGGCAUUUGAUUUCAAGGCGAACAUUAGGGCGACUUCUUGACAAGGAACACUCUUCCAUGAAAACUGCUUUGGUUGAUGUAAUGUCCAAACAGAGUCACCUGUGCACCAACGCAGAUGCCUGGUCAUCAAAUAAUAGGAGCUUCCUCGGUGUCAGUGUCCACUGGAUAGAUGAGGACUCACUGAACAUCCGCUCUGGAGCAUUAGCCUGCCGUAGAAUUGUAGGGAGGCACACUUUUGGUGUUUUGGCCAAGAUGCUUGAAGCUGUUCACAGAGAAUUCAACAUUAAAGACAAGCUUACUCUGACAACUACCGAUAAUAGUUCUAACUUUAUAAAAGCCUUUAGUAUAUUCACGGAAGUUCAGAAAAGUAUCCAGGAAUACAGAGCUGAGGAAGAGGAGGAGGAAGACGAUGAGGAUGAGGAAGAUCAACCUGUCUUCAUUAAUCUCACAGAGAUCCUGGCAGAAACACAGGAAGAUUACAGCCUUCCUCCACACCAGCGCUGUGCCUGCCACUCUCUAAAUCUUGUUGCCACCAGAGACAUUGAACACGCAUUGACCCAGUCAGAGACAUUCAAGAGAUUAUCGAGAUCAACGCUUGCCAAAUGUCAGGCUCUCUGGAACAAGCAACACAGGAGCACUCAAGCCUCUGACACCAUUCAAGAGAAGCUAGGAUGUCAGCUGAUAGUGCCCAUUUUAACCAGGUGGAACUCCACUUACCAUGCCAUGGAGCGCUUGAAUACUUGUAUCCUCACAAAAGAACAAGAAUUCUAUGAAGUCUGUGAGAAGCUGCAGGUGGCACGAUUCAAGUCAACAGAAUUCACAUUCAUACAGGAAUACAUGAAGGUUAUGACGCCUUUGGCCAAGGCUCUUGACGUCUUACAGUCUGACCGAAUGGGCUUCUCGGGAGUGUUGGUGCCAACCAUCUCAAUUCUACUUGAAAGGAUGGAAGAGAUGAAGAGGGAGUGCCGGCUUCAUCACUGCAACCCCAUGGUAGAUGCGAUCAUCAGUGGGAUUAAGAAAAGGUUUGAACUGACCUACAUCCCGAGUGACAAGAAGGCUGAAGUUGUGUCAGACCUGAAAAGACGGGGGCUGGCAAGUUACACCUAUGUGGGAGUUCCUGUGAAUGCUUUGGAGGCCUUGGCUGAAAAUGGGGGCCGCAGAGGUCCAUUCAAGCUGUUUGCAGCCCAGCUGAAGGCUGUGAGGUAG